AUGCGUGCUAUCCUCAUAGUCUUAUCUCUGGUGGCAGUUGCCUCAGCUCAAUAUAAUUAUCAAAUUGGAAAUGACGGUGGAGUCAGUGGAGGGCAACUUGGAGGAGGAUUUACUAAGAGUGGAGCCCCAGUUGGUUCGAAUAACGAUUUGAGUAAUUCCUUUGCAAACAAUGCCGAUGGUUCACCUUUGGAAAGAUCAUUCUCUAAUGAAGGCAUCGAUAACGGCGAACCUUCUUUCGCCUCUGACGAAUCUGCUCCAGCUAACCAAUUCAUAACAUAUACAGUUGAUGAAAAUGAUUUCAAGGAUAAAAAUGCCGAUCGUGUGUUACAGUCUGUAAAGAAACCCACUCGUGUUGUUUUCAUCAAAGGACCAUCGAAUAAACACCUUGAAGAUGCCAUAUUAUCGUUGGGCCAAAAAACUCCUCAAACUGCCAUCUAUAUCCUGAACAAACAGCCCGACCUCCAUGAAUUGGCAAACAAACUGAACUCCAUUAAUGAGAACAGAAACAAUCGGCCCGAAGUUCACUUUGUUAAAUACCGCACACCCGAGGAUGCUCUCAAUGCUCAGAAUACCAUUCAAGAACAAUACAAUGCUUUAGGUGGAACUUCUAAAGCUUUUGAUGGUGGUUUUGCGUCCAGCUUGAAUUUUGCCUCUCAAGCACCUAUUCGUGCCCCAUCUGCUGUUUCUGUCCCCGAAAAUAGCUAUUUGCCAGCAUCCAUCCUGCGAUUGUUCCGUCUUUAA